GUCUGUCACGCAGGUGCUCGCGUGAGAGCUGCAGAGGAAAACGCGCGUGUUAACUCCGCGUGGUGCGUGACGCGGGUCAGUGACGCGGGUCAGGUGAGGAGGAGUUGGGACAGUUUGAAACUUGCCCAGAAACUCUCACACUCGGGUCAAUAUUGACUGAAGCGGGUCAGUGAUUAACUGUGCUCGGCUGCAGCAGCUGCUCUCGGUCCCAGCGUCACUCUGCCCGCUCCACCAUGCAGUGCGCCCGGGCAUGGAGAGGUCUGAGCCCGCUGCUCAGAGCAGCGCAGCGGACACCAACCCGGAGCUACACAGCGGCUGCCAGGAUGGACCUCAGCGGGAUUUACCCGCCUAUCGCCACCCCGUUUACCGCCACCGAGGACGUGGACUACCAGAGACUGGAGGCGAACCUGAAGAAAUACGCAGAGAUACCGUUCAAAGGUUUGGUGGUUCAAGGCUCCAACGGUGAGUAUCCGUACCUGACGGAGGAGGAGCGGGUGGAGGUGGUGAGGACGGUCAGACGAUCACUGCCGGCAGACAAACUGGUGAUGGCCGGAUCGGGCUGUGAAUCCACCAAAGCCACCGUCCUGCUCACGGAGAAGAUGGCGGCCGCCGGAGCCGACGCCGUCCUCGUGGUGACGCCCUGCUUCUACAAGGGGAAGAUGGACAGCCGCGCUCUGAUCCAGCACUUCACCAAGGUGGCGGACAGCAGCCCGGUGCCGGUGGUUCUGUACAGCGUGCCGGCCAACACGGGCCUGGAGCUGCCGCUGGACGCCGUGACGCAGCUGUCCCAACAUCCCAACAUCCUGGGCCUUAAAGACAGCGGAGGAGACAUCACACGGAUCGGCCUGAUUGUUCACAAAACCAAAGCGCAGGAUUUCCAGGUGCUGGCGGGCUCAGCUGGGUUUCUCAUGGCUGCCUAUUGUGUCGGUGCAGUUGGCGGAGUGUGUGCGCUGGCGAACGUGUUGGGUCGGGAGCUGUGCGAGUUGGAGCGUCUGUGUGUGUCCGGGCGCUGGGAGGAAGCCAGAGUCCUGCAGCAGCGCCUCAUCGAGCCCAACGCCGCCGUGACCAGGAAGUUGGGAGUCCCCGCCCUCAAGCAGGCCAUGGAGUGGUUUGGUUUCCACGGCGGCGUCUGUCGCUCGCCUCUCCAGCCGCUGACGGAGGCGGAGACGCAGCAGCUGAGGCGGGACUUCACCUCCACCGGCUGGCUGUGAGGUGAGCCGGGCCGGAGACAGAGAGAGAGAGAGAGAGUUGGACCUGCUCAGAACACACCGAAAACCAAAUCCACUAGUUCGUAUCAGUCCACUUCAUUCACGGCUGAUCAGAGCAGAUCUGUUUGAAAAUCACGUGUCGUUAAAAGAGUCAGAAAGUUAAACAACAUGAACAGUCGCUGGUCCUCGAGGAGACGCCGUCAUCCAUUACAUCAACCUUCUCUACAGACGGUCGAUGACUCAGUCAUCGUGUCCUUCAGGUCGGAUCAGACUGGCUGCUGGGUGCCAAUUAGUCGCCUGAUGUAUAGAAAAACAAACAUAAUAUCAGACUGUCUGUAAAAUAACUUCCCUGCAGUCUGCUCCACUUUUGAUUCAUUCGUCUGUUUCCUUCACACGAAAACAAAUUACAGUCGACAGUUUUCUUCUCUGCUGCAAAUUGGACAAAUGCUACGUAGGAAAUGUUGUUUAUGUUCUUGUUUCAAAAAUAAAAUUCAAUUUCACUCGAACAAAA